AUGAACGCGACAAAGGCUGGUGACUGGAAAACUGCAAUCCAUAAAACUGUCCAGCUUUGGGGCAAGUUCGACAUCCUCGUAAAUUGGAAUAUAGGGAUCAGCUAUAUGAACAAGGUAAAUCAUCCCAGUGGUUCUCUUGCUCGAGGGUACUCGGUAACAGCCGCAUGCAGAGGACCCAUGAAGUGACCGAAGACGAGUCUGAGAAGGUCAUAGCUGUCAACGUGAAGAGCGUCUUCUUGGACAGCAACGCCUUUAUCAUCCAGGCUGAAAAGUAA